AUGCUUGUGGAAAAUGGUGUCAUGUGCAUGGAUGGUCGUUUGGCGCGGUCACCCACACUUUCACCCUCAGAACGUUGUCCCAUUAUUCUGCCAUAUAAAAGUAGGUUCGCUAGACUUUUGGUGGAAUAUAUUCACGUCAAGAGUGUUCACGGAGGAACACAGCUGAUGCUUCGUAUCUUGAGAAUGGAAUACUGGAUUCCCAGAGUAAAAAAUUUGAUUCGCUCUGUCAUUCGUCAUUGUAAGGUAUGCAUUUUAGAUAAAAAGAAACAUUGUAGUCAAAUAAUGGCCGCUCUUCCUCCGGAAAGAACAAUUAUCGAUAGGGCGUUUACUACAACUGGCGUGGACUUUGCUGGUCCCUUUGAGAUAAAAUCGUUUUUGGGUCGGGCUUGCAAAAUUACAAAAGGAUAUGUUUGUGUAUUCGUUUGCUUCUCGACCAAGGCUAUUCAUUUGGAGGCAGUAUCGGAUUUGUCCACUGCCAAUUUUAUAGCCGCAUUACAUCGCUUUAUAGCGCGUCGAGGUUGUCCAGGUACUAUAUUUUCGGAUAAUGGCACAAAUUUCGUAGGAGCUUCACGUAAAAUUGAUCGGAAUUAUAGACGUUUCAUUCGUGAAAGUUGUGAUUCAGCUUCAGAGGCUCUUGUUCAGCAGGGAGUCGUAUGGAAAUUCAUUCCAGCUGGUGCACCACAUAUGGGUGGUCUAUGGGAAGCGGGAGUGAAAGGUUUUAAGCAACAUUUCCGAAAACACUGUCGAAAUCUUCGGUUUACCUUUGAAGAAAUGGCGACAGUAUUAGCUCGCAUAGAGGCUUGUUUGAAUUCGCGGCCGCUUUGUCCUAUGUCAGACGAUCCGGGUGAAUUAGCUUCCUUAACACCAGGUCACUUUCUUAUUGGCGCGCCUUUACUUGCUCCUCCUGAACCCAUGGUUAAUGAAUCACCGAUCUCGCUCGUGAAUCGGUUUAGAAAAGUCCAAGCGCUUGCUAAUCAAUUUUGUAUCAGAUGGAAGGAGGAAUAUCUCAAAAAUUUGCAUAUGCGGUACAAGUGGAAGUACCCUGAAAGGGAAGUAGAUAGGGGUGAUUUAGUCGUCGUUCGACAAGAAAAUCUACCUCCGACCUCAUGGAAGUUAGGUCGUGUUAUAAAUGUUUAUCCCGGUGUAGACGGACAUGUUCGUGUCGUGGACGUUCGUACGACAAACGGCGUUGUAAAGCGGCCGAUAGCUAAGUUGGUCAUUCUGACCGACCAAUCGACGAAUGAAGAAAUUUAA